AUGUCCAAAGAAAAUACGGAUGAAAUUUUCAACGACCAAACAGAUGAAUGCACGGAGGAAAAUUUGAUCGAACACUUCAACGAGUUUAAAAAACGAGAGCACGUAUACCUGGCGUGCAUAUCAGCCCUGGAAAAGGAAUUAUGCCACACACAUACGUACUUGAACGAAUGGAGGAGUAUGCAUAUGUAUGAAGAUGAAGGGAAGUCGUCGAAAGAUAUAAUGAAUAUAAAUUCGUUGAGAAAUAUACUUAUUGAUCCAUCAAUAAACUUAGAAAUAAAAGAGUUAAAACAAAAAAUAUAUGAAAUAACUAGGAAGUGUAAAAUAGCUGAAGAGAAAUUGCAAGGAUGUAAUUUCGAUGCUCAGGCAACAGCAGGACAAAGACUUAUAAACAAAUGCAAAAAGUUACAAGAUGAAAAUUACGAAUUAGGGAAAACAUUAGAAGAGAACAACUUACAGCCGUUAUCUAUUCAAAUUAUGAACUUAAAACAACAAAUAGUUUUUUAUAAAAAUGAAUUAAAAGUUUUAAAAGAAUUGAAUGCAGAUAUUGAUGAAGACAAUGAGUUGUUAAGUCAACAGCUAGCUGAUCUAACAAAGAAGUAUACACACAUAAGUGAACAGAAAACAGAUUUAGAAAAAAAAAAUGCAAAGUUAAACAGCUAUAUUAGUACUCUCAAGUCGAAGUUGAACACAUACACUAAUCGUUUAUCGCCGAAUGAGGAUCAUAAGUACAAAGCGCAAAAGGAUAACCAUAAUGGGUGUAACAAUAAUAAUAAUAAUGGUAGUAAUAGCAAUGAUAAUAUUCGAAGCAGUAUAAAUGUUAAUAACUAUUAUGAGGAUGAAGAUUACUUAUCUAAUGUUAGCUUACAUGAUAACACUAAUAAGACUAAUAACGAAGCGUUUAAUUAUGAUGAAACUCAAAGAAGCUACAAUAAUUUACUUGAACAAGAAAGAACUCAAAAUGCUUACAAACACGAUGAAAAAUACCAAAGAAACGAACAGUAUUAUGAUAGGGAACGGAAAUAUAAGGAUGGCGAAGAAGACUACACAUAUGAUAAUGAGGAAACUUACAAAAAAAGAAGUGCGGAUGAUAGCAGAGAAAGGAAAUAUAGAAAAAUAGAUAAGCAUUAUUAUAGGGGAAAGAAAUAUGACAAGGAUAAGUACAGAAUGAGGGACAGAGAUAAAAGUAGAAAAGAAAGAACAAGAGAAAGGGAAAAAGAACGAGAUAGAGAACGAGAUAGAGAAAGAGAAAGAGAUAAAGAGAGGGAUAGAGAAAGGGACAGAGAAAAGGACAGAGAGAGGGAAAAAGAAAGGGAAAAAGAAAGGGAAAAAGAAAGGGAUAAAGAAAGGGAUAAAGAAAGGGACAGAGAAAGGGAUAGAGAAAGGGAUAGAGAAAGAGAUAGAGAUAGGGAUAGAGAUAGGGAUAAAGAAAAAGAGAAAGAAAAAGCCAAGGAUAGAAUUAAAGAUAAGGCAAAAGAACGAGAUAAAAUGAAAAGUAAAUAUAAAAAUAGAAAUAAAGAAAAAACGAGAGGAAAAAUUAAAAGGGAAGGAAUAGGAGAAGCAGCGAAAGAAGCAACAGAAGAAGCAGAAGUACCAGCAGGAGUUGCAACGGAAGGCGUGGAUUAUGAUAAUAGUAGUAAUUAUUCGGAGCCGAAAAGAAAAUUUUUAAAAGAUGAUGAUGAUGAUGAUGAAUAUAGGAGGGAUAGAGAAUUUUCUAGAGCAGAUAAGUUCGAAUACUCAAAUAAUAACAUGCCAAAAAAUGAAGAUAAAGCAAAUGAACACGACAGGUAUAUGUGUUUGCAUAAAUAA